AUGGAAUUAAAUAAAGAUGCACCAAGAGACUUGUUAGAUCCAGACUAUAUACAAUAUGGUUUUGGGUUGUUGCACUUUGCAAAAAAUUGUAUAUCAUCGUUACGGCAUUAUAGAUUGACAGACAUGUCAGGGACAUUCUAUAUUGGGCUCAUGACUGCAGUUUGGGCAUCUAACAGCAACGAAGCCACAAUGAUGAAGAAAGCAGCCCCAGCUACUGUGUUUUCUUUUAGAGAUGCACAUAGUGACGAAACUGGCUAUAAGUCUGUAUGCAAGGAAAUGGAAGGAGUAAUGAAACAAACAAAAGCUGUCGUAGCAACAUUGGUUCCUGAGCAGUACAAGCCAACAGCACGGGAAGCUAAAACACAUGAAAUUAUUGGUAGACCGCUAUACAUCACCUGUAAUGGCAAUGGAGAUUUUUUGUGGACUGGUAAGUUCAGAGAAUAUUACUUUUAA